AGAUAACACUUUGAUAUCUCUUUUACUACUUUCAACUGCUAUUGAAAGAACUUUACACGCUUCCAUUGUCUUCACAGUUUCUCCGACAUGGAAAAACAUUUAAUAUCUGCAAUCAUAGUCAUUUCCCUUGCCCAAAUUGGGUACAGUGCAACAGAUAGUUCCAAUCAGGACCAGCCGGAUUAUCUGCUGUACCCAUAUUGUUUCCGGUUUACGUGGCUUGGACCCAAGUACGAUGGAAACAGCAUCAUAGGCAACGCUACUUGUAGCACAAUCUUGGAGGACGCUAAGGAUAUUCCAUGCAAACUGCCCUUGAUUGCCACAAAUAAUAGCAACCUUCCUGAUACUGACUGGCUGUGGGAGAAUCAUAAGUCAAAGCCCACGGAGAUAGCUUGUCGUUUAUCUCGCGGGGAUGUUUGCGUGAAGUAUUCGUACAUUUAUAACAGUGCUGUUCAAAACAUAACCUAUAUGUGCACAAAAGUAACUAUCGACGGAGAAGGGGCAGCUAAAGUUGGAACUUGCUAUUCACAGAUUGAAAAUGGAAAGGAAGUAGAAGUCUGUGUUUGUGAAUCAACGGUCGGCUCCAAGCCAUGUAAUCACUCAAUCAAAAGUUGUUACGUGAAUUUUCUUCUCGUAAUUUUCUCAAGUUUUCUGAUAACGACUGGAAGUGACCUAGUAUGGAACAAAAGUAGAUAUGGAACUUAAAAUAUAUAAUGUGACAGUGAUAAAAUCAUAAUAUUAAAACACUCCCCUAAAUUAUUUCCAGUUUUUCAGCACCAUGUAUUAUUUUCAUAGAUAUAUAGCGCUGGAUUAUAUAGCAUUAAAAAAUA